AUGGACUCAGUAACCUCCCCCAAAGAUGCACUAGGGGACCUGCUAUUGGCAGAAGCAAUUUUGAAUUUCCAAGCGUCCCUUCAGCGAGUGGUCACAAAGGGGGGCCCCCGCUCUAAAGCGAGAGCAGAAGUACUACUGGCCAGUCGACUAUUAGAACAGGAUAACACCCCGCAGAAUCAAAUAUGCGAAUGCUGCUGCUGUCAACGUAAGAUGGGGCAUCUGAAUGCACCCAUUCAAGAACCUCCGGCAAAGGCUACCCCUAAACCGGCACCGGUGGCUGAAGAUACAUCUGACGAAUGGGAUGAUGAAUGGGACCAUGCACCAGGCGGGGCAACCGGAUAUGGCUUAGCAUUAGGUCAUACUAUGGGUGAAGUCUGUGUUCGGUGCUUCCGACUGUGGCCGAGCUAUAUCAAGGCAGAUCAAGAAGUGCCAAAAUGCGGAAUCCCCUUUGGAUCCCGGCAAAGGAAGUGCGUAUAUUGCUCCGAACGACGGAGCACCUGUGUGAUGAUCCCAGCCAUACGCACUAAGGCUCUUAUGGCGUGUCAAAAGGAGAUCACGCAGGCAGAGGUGGGAACGGAGGAGUAUGAUCGGAUAAAGCAACGCCUGAUCAAACUGUGGGAACGUGUCUCCCGUUCCUUAACCUGCAACCCUCUUGAAGGGGAGAUUGCAUCCCGUAAGCGCCAGCGGGAGCUGUACAUGGCCCGGGAACGGGAAAAAAAGAGGAGGGGGCCUGCUGGACAGGAUCGAACAGAAAGUCCGCAGACGGAUGAUCAAGUGCAGAGUGAGGAAGGGGGGAUUGAGCAAGAGGGUGAUAAUAAUAAGAACAAAGCCUGUAUAAAUUUUAUAUUAGAGCAAUAG